GCUCACAUGGAAGCGACACCUUUCUUAGGCAUAUUAUCACUCUUUCUGCCUUUUAGAUCACUAAUAUGUUGCUUUAAUGUGUCAUUUAGUGUAUUUAAGAAAAAAAGCUAUUAUUUUAAAAACAUUUAGCGUUACGAUAUCAACACAGAUAUGACUUUUUGGCUUGUUAAAUGCCACAAAUAGAAACUAGAUAAAUGUUGACUGAAAUGGCACAUAUAGGCUCAGAUGUGUGUGAAAUGCAGCUGAAUGGAGUUUCAGAGGUGAUGGAUCUGCUUCAAAUAGACGUGGAGACUGAUGUGGUGGAAGACAGGGCAGGGAGAGAAGCUGCACCGUUUUCAAGAAAUGUGUUGAGGAAGCAGCGACACUGGGAGAGGCAGCUGGCAGCGAAGAAAAGCAAGAGGAAAGAAGAGAAGCAGCGGAGGAAGCUUAACCGUGAGCAGGAGUCAGGUUCCCGCACAGAUAAUCCUCAGUUUACCAAACGAGUCAUGAAAGCGAUCACAAAAGAACGUUUAGCUGAGGCUCAGUCCACAGGACUCAAACUCUGCGUAGACCUGAGUAUGACAGACAGCAUGUCUGACAAGGAGAUCAGUCGACUGGCUGGCCAGUUAAGAAGACUGUACGGUUCAAACAAGAAGGCGAUUCGACCAUUUCACCUUCUCCUGACAGACCUGAGAGAAGACAGCCGUCUCUACAGAGAGUGCCUACGAAUGAACGCAGGGUUCCUCAACUACAUGAUGGACAUAACAGAAGAAAGCUGUCUGGACCUUUUUUCUCCAGAAACUGUUGUCUACCUCACACCAGAUGCUGAAGAAGCUUUAGAAACAGUGGAUGCUGACAAGGUGUACGUCCUCGGUGGCCUUGUGGAUGAAAGCAUCCAGAAGAAGUUGAGCUUCUCAAGGGCCAGAGAACUGAGCGUCCACACGGCGAGGCUGCCCAUAGACGAGUACAUGGUGAAAAAAAACAAUGCCAAGAAUUUCCACUCAAAGAUCCUGGCUGUUAAUCAGGUGUUUGACAUCUUAUUGACUUUCUGCAAAACUGGCAGCUGGACAGAAGCCCUGCAGGCAUGGUUCCCCCAGGGGAAGGGUUAUGUUGUUGCACCAGAGUUUUCCCUACCACUUUCCGUCCCUCCAUCACAAACUUAGCAUAGUGAUUCAUUUUCUGCCAUGAUUUAUACAGAACCCUUUUUGCGUCCAUGUUACUUACUUGAGGGGAGUUGAUACAACGUGAUGUGCCCGGUUAAGGAGAAAUAACACACUGUUGUUUAACAUUUCUGGGUAUUGUUUACUUUUACCAACAACUGUAAUAUUGUUUAUGGCUGGAAAUGUUUAAAAGUUCUCAUCUGACUUUUUAAUAAAACAGUGGAACUUUUGUAUUUUUACACUUUCUCAGGAUUUUUUUGUUGAGUUCAGUAACACUAAUAGUCUAAUCUGUUUUUGUACAUAAAAUCUUAAUGCAAAUGUGUCUUAGUUUUUACAUUGAAUGAUAUGACACACAAUAUAUUUGGCAUUUCCACGUUUGCACAAUUUUGGUUUUGGUUUUAGUUUUGCAACUAAAAACUGAGAAAAUUGUGUGUAGGUCUGUAAGUCUGCCAGCAGAGAUAAAAUGCAUCAUCCAUCCAACUUAAAAAUAUUGACCUGAAGGCAAAGGAUAAAAGAAUUACAGAGCUGUUCCCUGUUUUUUUUCUGUUAUUUUUGAAAGAUGUUGCCGACCAUAGUUUCUGAAAGCUGCUUGUUAAUGAAUAAGCCAGUGCGUGUAGCGGAUAGCUUUUGUUUGGGUCAUUGUACUUGAACUGUUGUAUAUUGUUAGAUAUCUACUGUAUGUUUCACUGUAAUGCAGUGUUGUUGCACUUUUAAAGAUUUUUCAGAUUUAUUUGCUAGAACAUUUCUGCCUGAUGUCCAUUUUUGGUUGUAGAGUUUUGGUUAGCCUAACUGUUACGGCCUGAAAGAAGAGAGACAGGGUUGCAGCUGGAGAAUGAACUUCAGUUAUGCAGUCAUGUUUUCCAAAGAACAGUGGAUUUAUCUCAUGACCCCGGGUAAAUCUUUAUAUGGCUUGUUCACUAAUUUCUGUGUCAUCUGAUUCCUUGUUUAUUUAAACAGACGUGACUGAAAUAAUGAGACGGAUGACCAAAGGUCAAAGCACAUUUGUGUUUACUACUAGAUUACUUUUUUCAAAUACAUUAUUUGGCUUUGUGCAUAAGGUUGAAUACUACCAACGUAACAGCAGUAGCUCAUAACCUGUCUCAAGCAGAGUAGUAAUUAAACUCUGUGUCUCCUAAAUGAUAAGACAGUGCUGUCUCAAGCACUCCCAUCCAGCCAAGGUCAUGGGAAUGAAGUUAAAUACACAUAAAUACUUCCUACACACAAACUGUACUGUUUGAAAGUCUCCUCAAUCAAGAUUCCAUGACCUUUUUCUGUGCAAGUCUCCCGAACUUUCUACACGCAUCCAGAGUUAAGCUGCUCUUGAGUUUUUCCAUAACAGAAACGUACAGGAAUAUAAUUAAACUAGUCUCAGAAAACAUAUGUUGUCCAUUGACUGUGUUUUGAUUGGCUUGAAUGGAUGUUGGAAUACAUUUGUUUUGGCUGAACAUGAUCUUCUCAAUGUUAUCUCAUAGCAGUGGGGGAAAUAACAUGAUUGUGAAAUGUUGCUCUCUGGCAGUUAGAGCACCCACUUAUCCUGAAAAAAUUCACGGUCACGUUGCAGACUGCCUUCAGCUGUAUACGGUGUAGACAUACACGCGGAUAGCUCAAAAUGCGUAUAGAUAACACGCCACUUGGCUUUAGAAAGUUGUGUGUAUGUUUACGCGAAGUCAUGAUAUGUGGUGGAAGAUUUCUGUCAACAGACUGGGCAAUAAAGAAGUUUCAAACAGA